AGGGAGAGAGAUGUAGAGAGCUGUAAGUCAGCUCUUCACUGUUGCACUGUUGGAGGGAUUGUAAAGGCUCCUUCUCUCUCUCUGUCGUUUACACUGGCACAGCUGUGCCACACUGCUUCUCUCUCUCUUUCUUUCUCUCUCUCUCUUUCUCGUGCUCUGCUGAAGUGGAACUGACCCCAGGUUUGUCCAGCCGGCGGUGGCGAUAUGGCGGGAGCCACUGCAUCUUUACUGCUGCUCGCUCUCCUCCACACAGCGGCCGCCGCUACGUCAACAGAUAAUCACAUCGAUGUGUUGAAGAUAUUAGACCUAUCAGACAGAAUGGAGGGCGUGUCGUUAGAGGCGGGGCUUUGUACGAGUAGGCGUGGCCUGGAGGAGGUGGAUCUGGCCUAUAAAAUCGAUAAGAAGAUACAAGUCAGCGUUCCAACCACACAACUGUUUCCUGACUCUGAGUUUCCGGUGGAUUUCUCGGUGCUGGUGACCGUUCGUCCUCGUCGCGGCGCUCAGUGUUUCCUUCUGUCCGUUUAUAAUCCUGAUGGAGUCCAGCAGUUCGGACUGGAGCUCGGACGCUCUCCGGUCCUUCUGUAUGAAGAUCAGAACGGUCAGCCCAGCCCUGACCAGUACCCCAUCUUUAAGAAGGUCAACCUGGCUGACGGAAAAUGGCACAGGCUGGCGUACAGUGUGGAGGGUAAGAAGGUCACGCUCUACCUAGACUGCCGAAAGGUCAUGACCCUUGACCUCCCCAGAGGUGAGGACCCCAAGGUCAGCACUGAAGGGGUCACUGUGUUUGGGACACGCCUACUGGACGAGGAAGUGUUCGAGGGGGAGAUCCAGCAGUUGUUAAUAUCCCCAGACCCUGCUGCUGCUGCAGAUUACUGUCUGAACUACAUCCCUGACUGUGACUCCGCCCUCCCCUACAGCAGCCUAUCACUGGACCCUGAGGAGGUGGAGAAAGUACCCAGGAAGCCGGUUGUGCAGGAUUACGACGAUGACCUGUACAGUGACCUUUACAGUGACCUCUCUGUAUCCACGGUUACCGCUGGCUCCAACAUCACAGAGUAUGAGUUGGUGGAGUACGAUGAGCUGGAUAACGAGACGGAGUACCUGGUGAAAGAGUACGAAGAGUAUGAGGAAUAUGAGGAAUAUGAUGACCGCUAUGGACCAGCCACCAGGAAUGGAGAAGACUUCUGGAAUGGACAGGGUCCUGCAGGACCAGAGAAAGGUCAGAAAGGAGAACCUGCAGUCUUAGGAUUGGGCACUCUGAUUGAAGGACCCCACGGACCCCCAGGCCCUGAGGGUCCUCCUGGAGAACCUGGCCCAAUGGGACCCCCAGGACCAAGAGGAGAUCCAGGAGAUCUGGGUCCUCCUGGUCGACAGGGGCUUGCAGGGGCUGAUGGGAUACCAGGACCUCCAGGAAACAUGCUAAUGUUACCGUUCCAGUCUGGUGGAGAUGGUCAGAAGGUGCCAGUGGUUUCGGCUCAAGAAGCUCAGGCUCAGGCCAUCCUACAGCACGCCAAGCUCGCUUUGAAAGGGCCACCAGGACCAUUAGGACUAACUGGACGUCCAGGACCGCUGGGUCUGACGGGGCCGACAGGGCUGAAAGGGGACGGCGGCCUGCCUGGACCACCAGGUCCUCGUGGAUUGCCUGGUGUUUCAGGACCAAGCGGAAAGCCCGGCAAAAGGGGGCGUGAUGGCACAGACGGUAGUAGAGGAGAACCAGGAGAGACAGGAGCUAAAGGUGACAGGGGGUUUGAUGGCUUACCCGGUCUCCCUGGAAACAAAGGCCACAGAGGAGAGCAGGGAAGACGAGGACCUGCUGGUCCACCGGGGGAGAUUGGAGAAAAAGGUUCAGAUGGUCAGCCAGGACCAAGAGGCCAGCCAGGAGAGCCUGGCUUGCAGGGUUUGACUGGGCCAAGAGGACUUCCUGGACCUACAGGACUGACUGGGAGCCGUGGGGUUGAUGGAGUUCAGGGUGCAAAGGGAAACCGGGGGUCACCAGGUGAGCCUGGAGCUCCAGGUCAACAAGGGAACCCAGGAUUUCUGGGUUUUCCGGGUCCUCAGGGGGCAGUCGGAUUACCAGGAGAUAAGGGUCCACCAGGAAAGAAAGGAAUGAGGGGCCUACCUGGAACUGACGGACCACCGGGCCACCCAGGGAGAGAAGGACCACCAGGAGAGAAAGGCCUGCCGGGUUCGGUGGGAGUGCAGGGACCUGUUGGAUAUCCGGGAGCCAGAGGCGUGAAGGGUGCUGAUGGUCUGCGAGGGCUGAAAGGCAGUAAAGGAGAGAAGGGUGAAGACGGGUUUCCAGGAGCGAAAGGAGAAAUGGGUGUCAAGGGAGACAACGGAGACUCAGGUCCUCCAGGGACGCGUGGUGAGGACGGUCCUGAAGGCCCAAAGGGUCAGUCUGGACCCCUGGGAGACCCUGGAUCCGCCGGCAUCGCUGGAGAAAAGGGUAAACUAGGUGUUCCCGGUCUCCCGGGAUAUCCUGGACGUCAAGGGCCGAAGGGUGCAGACGGUUUUCCAGGAGCUGUGGGAGUUCCAGGAGAGAAAGGAAGGAAGGGACCUCCAGGGCAGGCGGGCGCUGCAGGACAAAGGGGCCCUAAUGGUGCUCGUGGAGCCAGAGGCGCAAGAGGACCCACAGGAAAGGCGGGAGAAAAGGGGUCUUCUGGGCACGAUGGACCCCCAGGACCAACAGGAGAAAGAGGUCCUCAAGGGCCUCAGGGUCGUAUCGGAGAGAUUGGACCGAAAGGACCAGCUGGUCCUGGUGGGAAAGAUGGUCUACCGGGUCAUCCAGGCCAGCGGGGGGAGCCGGGUUUCCAAGGAAAGACGGGGCCUCCGGGACCCUCAGGUGUGGUGGGGCCACAGGGCAACACAGGGGAGACUGGACCAAUGGGAGAAAGAGGUCAUCCAGGGUCUGCUGGACCACCUGGAGAGCAGGGUCUACCUGGCGCUGCCGGCAAAGAGGGGGCAAAGGGAGACCCCGGAUCCACAGGUGUUUCCGGAAAGAACGGACCGGCCGGGCUGAAAGGUUUCCGCGGUAGUCGAGGAGUACCGGGCGCCAUGGGUCCACCUGGACUGAAAGGAGGUGGGGGACCUGUGGGGCCAUCUGGACCAACUGGGGCUACAGGUGAGAGGGGGCCUCCUGGUCUGGCUGGUGCGAUCGGCCAGCCUGGACGUACUGGAACUAUCGGUGGGCCUGGACCAAUGGGAGAGAAGGGAGAACCAGGGGAGAAGGGUCCAAUAGGCCCUGCAGGUCAGGAUGGAGAGCAGGGGCCUGUGGGAUUACCAGGAGCCACUGGUCCUCCAGGACACCCAGGAGAGGAUGGAGAUAAGGGUGAAACAGGAGGUCCAGGACAGAAAGGCAGCAAAGGAGACAAAGGGGAACCUGGACCUCCGGGGCCAACCGGUACUCAGGGACCAGAGGGGCAGCCAGGUGUGCCGGGAGUUGAUGGGGAGCGGGGGCCACCGGGGCAGCAGGGGAUGUAUGGACAGAAAGGAGAUGAAGGACUGAGGGGCUUUAAAGGAGCCACAGGACCACGAGGACUACAGGGAAUGCCUGGACCUCCAGGAGAGAAAGGAGAGAGUGGACACUCUGGACUGAUCGGUCCUCCUGGUCAGCUCGGCCCACGAGGCCCUCAGGGACCCAGUGGUGGACAGGGUCCUCCUGGCAGGCCGGGCGUUCGCGGUCAGCCUGGUGGAGUUGGGGAGAAGGGGGAGGACGGUGAGUCAGGAGAUCCUGGUCCUGUAGGUGUGCCUGGAAGCACUGGAGAGAAAGGUGAGCAGGGGGAGAAAGGAGACUCUGGACUUUCAGGAGCUGCAGGACCUCCAGGAGCUCGAGGGGCAUCUGGAGAGGAUGGAGCCAAAGGGAACUCUGGUCCUAUUGGUCUUCCCGGAGACCCAGGUCCUCCUGGAGAGCCUGGUGCUGAUGGUGUUGAUGGAGGUCCUGGAUCAAAAGGAGACAAUGGGGAACCAGGCAAAGCUGGCCCUCCUGGAGCCUCUGGAGAGCCUGGUCCUCCAGGACGGCCAGGACGAAGGGGUCAUUUAGGCCCACCAGGAAAGGAAGGGAAGCCUGGAAUGAAAGGAGACAAGGGUGCUCCUGGCUAUGAGGGUGUCCUGGGUAAGACAGGCCCAGUAGGCGGCCAAGGGAAUCCUGGAAAGCCAGGGCCUCAGGGGCUGCCAGGAAUACCAGGACCAGCGGGAGAGCAAGGCUUGAACGGACCCCCAGGUCAGACAGGACCUCCAGGACCAAUGGGUCCCUCAGGUCUGCCAGGUCUGAAGGGAGACCCUGGAAGGAAGGGAGAAAAGGGUCAUGGAGGUCUGAUCGGUCUGAUUGGUCCACCGGGUGACUUUGGAGAGAAAGGAGACCGAGGACUGCCUGGAAACCAGGGAAUACAGGGACCCAAAGGAGAUCCGGGUCCAGUUGGCCCUUCAGGACCCAACGGCCCCCCAGGACCCCCUGGACUGUCUGGAAAUGUUGGGCAAAAAGGGUCAAAAGGAAGUCAGGGCCCUAUUGGACCUCGUGGAGAUACAGGUCCUGUUGGUCCUCCUGGACUUCCAGGUCUGCCUGCAGUAGGGAUGGUGCCUCUCCCAGUUCAGGAUGGAGGCAGAAAGCGCAGGCGUCACUCAGAGGUGGAUGGGGCAUCUCUGGUGGAUGAAGAGAUGGACGGAGAGAUGGAGGGAUUGGAGGAAGAAGGGAUGCAGAGUGAUGGAACAGAAGGAGGGGGAGGAGAGAAGGACAUGGAGGAGGUGUUUGCAUCUCUGGCCUCCAUGAGGACAGAGGUGGAGGGGUUGAGGAACCCCCAAGGAACCUACCACAGCCCAGCCAGAACCUGCAAGGAGCUCUGGAUGUGUAACCCCAAGCUGCCCGAUGGUGUGUAUUGGAUCGAUCCGAAUCAGGGCUGCCACAGAGACUCGUUUAAGGUGUUCUGUAAUUUCACGGCAGAGGGGGAGACCUGCCUGCAGCCCCACAGCAAAUACCAGACGGUGAAGCUGGCUGCGUGGAAUAAGGAGAAGCCUGGUUCCUGGUACAGCCAGUUCAGGAAAGGCUCACAGUUUACUUACAUAGAUGCUGACGGUAAUGAGGUCCAUGUGGUCCAGCUGGGUUUUCUGAAGCUGCUCAGUGCAACAGGCAGACAGUCCUUCACUUAUCUGUGUCAGAACUCGGCCGGCUGGCUGGACAGCACCACCCUCAGCCACUCACGCUCACUGCGUUUCAGAGGCAGCAACGGACAGGAACUCACGCAUACGAACGCCCACUACAUCCAGCCCAGCUAUGACAGCUGCCAGUCUCGGACGGGUCAGGGCCGGACGGUUUUGGAGGUGAACUCUCCGGACUCUGACAUUCUGCCCAUCGUCGAUGUGGCUGUGUCUGAUUUCGGAAACCCGAAACAGAAAUUCGGCUUCGAGGUCGGGACGGUGUGCUUCAACGGCUAAAGAAAGAGAGAGAGUGAGCGAGACAGAGAGAAAAGAAAGAGCUAUUGGUGGAGAGACACACACACAGAGAGACUUUACAGACACCUCGAGUGUAUUUAUGCAGCCCUGCAAAGGGGCGUGACCAAUCCCGUCAGGUGCUUUUAUUUUAUUUUAUUUUUGUUUUGUUUUUUAUUUUGUCCUGAAAACUCAUUACUGUAUUGCUUUUGUUUACCAAACUGCGCAAACCUCAUAAUUAUUCUUUCCUAUUGUAAUAAGUUGUUGAUGUUUUUAUUUUCUUUUUAAAAUAUUUGAUAUUUGUUUGUCUGAAUGUUAUGUAACCAUGGUGCUAAACAAAAUUGCAUUUGAACU